ACUGGGUUUAAAUGACAUGUCAGAGUGACGGGGAUUGUAUGUUUAUGUCACUGUUUUAGUCAUUAUAUACAUUCCAGCUUAAAUUUUUUCAUUACCAUAAUCACAAUGGGGUUUGAUAUUAUCAGCACCUGUUAUGCCUUGUCUGUAGCAGCUGGCGGUAUUAUUGGAUAUGUGAAAGCAGGAAGUACUCCAUCUCUGGUAGCUGGACUAGCAUUUGGCAGUAUUUUAGCUUAUGGUGCAUAUCAAACAUCUGUGGAUGAAAAUAAUUUUGUUUUAUCUUUGGUGGCCGCAACUACUUUGGGUGGCAUUAUGAUUGUGAGAUUUUACAAUUCUGGGAAAUUUAUGCCUGCUGGUCUCAUUGCUACACUUAGCUAGACCAGGCAAUACAAGAAGAAGACCUAGACUUUGAUGGAUAGAUGCUGUAGAGGAGGACUAUUUAAUCCUUAAAACUAAGGACUGAAGGAGUUUGGUUGCUAGUAGAGGUGGUUGGAAACGUCUAGCCUUAGACCCUGGGCUGUCAUGCUAUGGAUGAUGAGAUAAUAAUGAAUUCAAAACGAUUUGUAAACCUCAAGCGAUAUUACAGCAUGUAUUGAAAAUUACUGGAUUUUUUUUAAUUCAUGAAAAUAAAUACAUUGUCAUAUGAGGA